AUGCGCACCGCAGUUCCUGCAGUACCACAGUACAUCAUCUGGAGAGAUGAGCGAAAAAUAUCCAACCGGAACACACCACCAACCACACAAACACAAACGCAAAUCGCGCACAAGAAAUACAACACCAGAAACAUGAAGUUCAUAACCACCAAUUUCGUCAAGUGUGCCGUGAAGACCUGCGACUCUUCCGUCGAUGCCUUUCCACUCCAAUACUCAGACUGUCAAAUCGUCCAAGAGGAGCUGGAAUACAACCCCGAAUUCAUAGUGCACAUGUUGGAAAGACUAGAAUGGAACGCUGUUGUGAAGGUUGCUCGGGAUUUGGGCAACGAGUCGCUCCCGCCAGUGAAACCAGAGGGCUUGGAUCCCAUCAUGGAAGAUGACCAGGUCAUCUUGCGUGAUCUUCACACGUUGCUUGUAGAGACGCAGAUUGUGGAGGGAAAGAUGGUGUGCCGUAAUUGCGAGCACAUUUACUUCAUCAAGAACUCGAUCCCUAACUUCUUGUUGCCUCCUCACUUGUGUUAA